AUGAACGACAGGGCCAAUGAUGAAAAAUUGUGCUUAAAAGAAUUGCCAAAGUCACUUACGGGCACGACAUAUUCUUGGUAUGACAAUUUAAAAGAAGAAAGUGUUGAUUCAUGGAAGACCUUGUCUACACUCUUUCUUGGAAAAUUUUAUUCAGCUGAAAGGAAAAUCACUGCAAUAGAUCUAAGCAUGAGCAGACAACGAGUAGGAGAAGACAUAGGAAAGUAUAUCUCGCGGUUCAGACGCUUGACUUUAGACUGUCAUGAAGAUAUCAAUGAGGAGGCACUUGUGGAUAUUUGCGUACGAGGAAUGACCCCGGAUUUCAAAGGAAUCUUGAUUAAUUUAAAGUUCCAAAACUUUGUAGAGCUAGAAGAAGCGGCCGACAGGAUCGUCAACUUUAUAGAAGACGUACCCAAAGAAUCUACCUGGCGUACCACAAUCGGCGCUGUGUUAGGAACUUCCUACGAUGAGAAAUCUAGUGCUAGAAGAGAAAAUUGGAAUCGUCCACAAGGAUAUGGUAGGAAUCAAGGAAGGGGUGGAAUAGGAAGGCGAGACAACAAAGCUCCACCUCCUCUCCCAUGCAGUAAAGAUCGAAUAAUCAAACUCUUAAACCAAUGGGUUGCUGAAGGCGAAAUUAAAUUACCUCCGACCAUGGUGGACAUCAAUAAAAUGGAAAAGAGCUCAACUAAUUACCGUCAUUAUCAUCGAAGAAUGGGACAUCCAACGGAGGAGUGCUUCGCCAUUCGAAGCAUAUUUGAACGAAAACGGAUAGCCGGGGAGCUCGAGAGAACAAAAAAAAACGAUCGCGCAUGA